GUUCAAUGAAAACACCUGCCGAUCUCAGAGGAGGAAGAGAACAACAUAAUUCUGAUACCAAAUAAACCGAAACAUGAGGAUAUUCCUGACGGUCUCCAUUUUUACAGUUUUGGUGUUGAAAUGUCCAGUGAAAACGUCGUUUCCUGGCUCUCCUGAAGACCUGGAGGGAUCAGGAUAUGACCUGGAAAGUUCUGCUUCUGGUUCAGGGGACUGGUCAGAGAAUGGUGAAAAUGACAAUACAGAAGAUGCCCAAACCUUAGCAGAAGACACAGAUGAUGGUGGCAAGAAUCCUUCACAUGGUUCUCCUCUCAUGACCUCUGAUGAAACACAGCUGCCCUCAGAAGACAGCUACAUUAUCUUGGCUAGCAAGAAGAGUUUGUUGGAGAACAAAGACGUCGUUCAUGGAGUUAUUGCAGGAGGAGUGACAGGAGGGAUACUUGCAGCUGCAGUAGCAGCCCUAUUGAUUUACAGAUGGCAGAAGAGAGAUGAGGAAGCAUACAUCCUGGGUCAGCGGAGAUCCUCAGAGGAAGAUUAUCACUAAAAGAGUAGAGAUGAAGUACUUGUUUUUAACUUACAGCACAACAUUCACCCUUUUUUAUUUUAUAAGUGAUGCUGCAAUGUCAAAUUCUGUAUAGUGGGAGCUUAAGUAGUGUUCUUUUUUUGUUGGGGGGGUAAGCAGCUAUUGCAGCACUUAAUUCAGUGUAUCUAGUAAUGGUGUUGACAUUUUGUUUAUAUUUAAAAUUAUGAAGAAAUAUCUUAUUUAAGGCUCCUUGAGUAGUUUAAGCUGGUUUUAAAAAAAGACUGAUACAAAUACUGAUGCUUUGAUAUGAAUUCUAAUAUUACCUGGGUGGGUGUCUCAUGAUGUUAUUAUAAUGCAGCAUGCCACAGAUUUAGUGAAGCAUUCACAUUAGACUUAGAAAACAAACCAGGAUGAGUUUUUCAUCAGAAAACACUAUUUACACAUGUACAGGAUUAAAAGAGUAAGCUGGGAUACAAUGUGAGAGUUCCUCCCAGCUUUAACUUUACUUUUUACAAAGCCUGAUCUGUGUUAGGCUGUACUUGAUAAUACCUCUUCUCAGGAAAUUCUAGGUGUGUACACACUUUUCAGUCCUUUAUAGCCCUGUAUCAUAGAAGGAAUUAUUUUCACAGAAUAAUGAAUUACUAUUUAUUUAAUGAGUAACAAGUACUUUCAUGACAUCAUAGAUACUUCGACACUUGAACAGAACAGUCAUUGUCCUCAUUGUUAGUCACACCUGUGCCUUUACAACCAUGACAAGAUAAAAUGCCUGCUGCACAUAUACAUGUAUCUUUUUGGUGGCACCCACUGGUGUUUUUAAAUGUGUUUGAUCAGCUGUGAAUAUAUAGUUAAAAUUUCAGUGUUAACCCCUUUAUAAUUGACUCUGAUAAAAGUGGUAUUACAGAUGUGUGAUGAAUUAUGAGCAAACUUGUUUGACAUUAUAUUUUAUAUAUUAUAUAUAAAUCACAAUGAUAAGGUUAUAAUCAGCUGCUACAAUGUAACAUGUCGUCUCGUGUAAAUGUGUAAUGAGAGCUUUACUAUUUUUAUAUUGUAUAAUUGUUAAUAAAUAAGCAUUA